GCCAAUACUGGUGCCACGAAGGACCUUACGGACUCGAUAAGGAAUUGAUGAAUGAAAGCGGAAAUUUCUUUGAGUCAAGAAUAGAAGCACGUGCAUAUGACAAGGUUACUGGAAGAUAUAGAUACGGAAGUUGGUUGUUCAUACAAACAUCUCAGAGUAUCGGAUAA